GUAACUCAAAAGAAAAAAUGGCAACUUCCGUUUUAUGUCGAGUCCAAAGUUUGAGGAAAGAUUUAUUCCUUUCGGUGUCAAGAUGCUCGGUUAUGUUAAAAAACACGUAUUUAGUUAAAUCAAAUGAUACUGAUGAAUGCAGUCUUGAAUUUUUGGAGGGUGACAAUGAAGGUAUUGCUGUGAUCUCAAUGAAUAGACCAAAAGCAAAGAAUUCUUUAGGAAAAGUUUUCCUCAGUCAGUUUCAAGGCUGCAUUAACAAUGUGAAGUUUGAGAAAAACAUAAGAGUACUGAUUAUUAGAAGUUUGGUGCCUGGUGUAUUCUGUGCAGGUGCUGACUUAAAGGAGCGAGCUAAGAUGACCAAUGAGGAAGUAGGACCAUUUGUAGCUGGACUACGACAGAGUGUCACAGAUUUAUCUAAUAUUCCAAUGCCAACAUUAGCUGCUAUAGAUGGUUAUGCUCUUGGUGGAGGAUUAGAAAUGUCUUUGGCAUGUGACAUGAGAAUUGCAUCAAGUAAUGCCAAAAUGGGUUUGGUAGAAACAAAGAGAGGAAUCAUACCUGGGGGUGGAGGAACCCAGAGGUUAACUAGAGUUGUUGGACCUGCACUUGCUAAGGAAUUAAUAUUUACUGCCAGAAUGUUUGAUGGUCAUGAAGCUGCUAAACUGGGAGUAGUUAAUCACUCGGUAGAUCAAAAUGAUGCUGGGGAUGCUGCUUACCAAAGAGCUGUAGAAUUAGCUCUAGAAAUUACACCAAAUGGACCAGUAGCACUGAGAAUGGCAAAAAUGGCUAUAAGCAAGGGUUCUGAUGUGGAUCUCACAAGUGGUAUGGCUUUUGAAGAAUGUGGUUAUGCUCAGGUCAUACCAACAAAAGAUAGAAUUGAAGGGAUGAAGUCCUUCAUAGAGAAGAGAGCACCAGUGUUCAAGGGGGAAUAGAGACAUUAGAGAUGAUACUAGAUAAAUUCUCAGGAAAAAUUAACGAACUUGAAAGCAUUUACAUGUUAAAGAUUGUGGCAUCAGUAUAACUAGUUUUGAAUAUGAUAUUGGAUUUGACAGUUUUAUUGCCCAGAUCAGAAUAAAAUUGUUGUUUUUGAUUGCAGCAAUUAUAAUGCAGUGCAUUAUAUAUUCCAUUGUCUUUGUUAGAUUAAUGAAAUGAUUUAAACUUUUUUGAUAAAAAUUAAUCAUGACAGUAAGAAGUUGAUUGGUGAUUGAAAUGGAUGUUAUCAGAAAAUGUUGAAUUGUACAGUAUGAAUGAGUGUUUAUAUAUAUUUAGAUGAUUGUCUGUGAUAAUAAAAAGGAAAUAUUUUCUUA